AUCCCUGUAACUUGUUCUUUCUCUCUUCUUUUGUUUUUCCAUCUUAUGAGUAUAGUCUUUUGGCUUUGUUAAGCGUAAGAUUGCGAUUCCGUAAUCCCUAUAUUAUAGAGGAAUUAGAGUGAGUUAUUGCGAUGUAAGGAUGGAAUGAAUAUGUAUUUUGAACUAAUUUCAUUUUGAUUCACUUUAGUACUAAUAAGUGCAAGGAUUUGCAAUACGAUUUUAUACUUUUUUGUUUAGUUGGACUCGAACCCAGAAUACAUAGCCUUUGUUUAGAUAAAUUUGAAGCUAUGGUAAGUUCUAAGAAUUGAUUUUUAUUGGUCAAUUCCAGAAAACAAUUUUCAAGGUUCUAAUUGGUUUUGGUAAGGAUUAAAGUUGAUGUUUGAAUGUUAAACUUGCCAUUGUAUAUGAUUUCCCUUUUUGAAGAUUUAUUCAGCCUAGCCUUUAGAAGAAAAAGGACCGAGGAAAACCUUUCAAAUAUCAAUACCACAAAUGUCCAUUAAACGGUUCCACGUAAUCAAGGAUUGGAGGAUUGAAUGCGAUCCCAAAUAUGAGCAUUUGAAGAAGCUGGAGAAUGCUUCUGAGAAGUUGAAACUCUUCAAGGCUGAUUUACUGGAUUAUGAUUCUAUUUCUGAUGCAAUUCAAGGAUGUAAUGGAGUGUUUCAUGUUGCUAGUCCUGUGCCUUCCACUUCUGUGCCUAAUCCUCAGGUGCAGAUAAUGGAACCUGCAGUUAAGGGAACACUAAAUGUGCUCAAAGCGUCAUCAGAAGCUAAAGUAAAGCGUGUUGUCUAUGUAUCAUCUGUUGUUGCUGUUUCCAUGAAUCCUGAAUGGCCUGCUGGUCAAGUGAAGGAUGAAAAUUGCUGGUCUGAUGUGGAAUUUUGCAAAAGAACAAAUAAUUGGUACUGUGCUUCUAAAUCAGAAGCAGAAAUGAAAGCUUUUGAAUAUGCUAGGAGCAGUGGCCUUGACGUUGUAUCAGUUUGUCCCACCCUUGUUUUGGGUCCUAUGAUGCAAUCAACUGUCAACUCAAGCAGCAUGGUGCUCCUUAAGCUUCUAAAAGAAGGGUACGAAUCAAUAGAGAACAAGCUUCGCUUGAUAGUUGACGUGCGUGAUCUGGCUGCUGCCCUGCUUAUGGUCUAUGAAAAGCCUGAGGUUGAAGGAAGAUAUAUAUGCACAUCGCAUCAGAUUAGGGUGAGGGAAUUACUGGAUAAGCUGCAAAGCAUCUAUCCGAACUACAACUAUCCGAAAAACAUAAUUGAGAUUGCUGAUGGAGAUUGUGUCAGCUCAGAGAAACUACAAAAGCUCGGUUGGAGUUACAAACCACUGGAGGAAACACUAGUUGAUGCUGUCGAGAGCUAUAAAAGGUUGGGACUUCUAGAUUAGAGCUCUGCGUGCUCAUUGAGUUCGAUCGACAGCUAACGGAAGUGUUGGUUUUUUGUAUAUGAACAUAUAGCAACUCAAUCUUUCAUGCUUGAGUGAAGUCACUACUCACUACAAUUUGUGGUGUAUUUGAUCGGAGUACCUCAUCUUACUUUGAUUAUAUGUACUUAUAGAGGUUUUGAACUAAUGUGACAUCUUUGACUUUAUAAGUAAAUUUCUAGGUUGCAAUUUUCCCAAAUAAAUUUCUUGAAAUAGCAUUAA